AUGUUUGAUCUCCUUCAUCUCAAGCCCGAGGUGAAAGACAAGCCCGAUGCGCGGAGCUUGGCACCCGAGCACCCGGAGCGUGGGUGCGCUAUUGAAUUCCGUGACGUUACGUUUGCUUACAGCCCUGAGCGCCCCGUCCUCAAGGGCAUCAGCUUCAGUGUCCCUGCCGGUUCCACGCUCGCUGUGGUGGGGCCGACUGGUAGCGGCAAGAGCACGCUGAUGCGGUUGCUCUUCCGCUUUUAUGAGGUCGGUGGCGGCGCCAUUCGAGUCGAUGGCAUGGACAUCAGAGAUCUCACGCAAGACUCUCUUCGCCGUCAAAUGGCAGUCGUGCCUCAGGACACGGUGCUGUUCAACGAUACCAUCGCCUACAACAUUGAGUACGGUGCUCCCGGGGCUCCACGCGUUGACGUUGAGCGUGCUGCCGAGGCCGCAGAAAUCCACAAAAGCAUCCUCACCUUCCCCAAACAAUACGAUACGGUGGUGGGCGAGCGUGGCCUGAAGCUCUCGGGCGGCGAGAAACAACGCGUGGCGAUUGCCCGCGCCAUCCUCAAAAAUCCAGCCAUCAUGCUCCUCGACGAGGCUACCAGUGCUCUCGACACAGCGACAGAGCGCUCCAUCCAGGGCUCCCUGAGCCGCGUUUGCCAGGGUCGUACCACGGUCUCCAUCGCGCAUCGGCUCAGCACCAUUGUCGGGGCCGACCAGAUCAUUGUGCUGCAGGAUGGUUUGAUAGUGGAGCGAGGCUCACAUGGCUCUUUGCUCGAACAAGGCGGGCUGUAUGCCGAAAUGUGGCAUCGUCAGCUCGAGGCUGAAGAGGAAGCCCGCACUGGCGCAGGUGCCAAGGAAGACAGUGAGGAUGCCGUCACUUCUGCUUGAGCGCUUUAGCGGCGACACGGCACGCAGUCGGCCUCGUGCCCUGAGUCGCUUAUCAUGCCAAUUAGAACAAAGGAAUCGAUAGUUUACAAUG